AGCAGCAACCCCAUCAUGGCUCCCGAGGCAUGUGGGCUGGUGCUUCUCUGCUUUCUGCUCUGGCUUCAGGGACCCCUAGGGGCUUCAGUCUUUAUAACCCAGAAGGAAGCACACAGUGUCUUGUACAGGCAAAGGCGUGCCAACUCAUUCCUGGAGGAACUGUGGUUGGGCUCCCUGGAGAGGGAGUGCAAGGAGGAACAGUGUUCCUUUGAGGAAGCCCGAGAGAUCUUCCAGACCACUGAGAGGACUAAGCAGUUCUGGAUUACUUACAAUGAUGGGAACCAGUGUGCCUCGAAUCCAUGCCAGAAUGGGGGCUCCUGUCAGGACCAGCUCCAAUCCUACAUCUGCUUGUGCCUGGAAGACUUCGAGGGCCGGAACUGUGAAAAGAAUAAGAACGAUGAUCUUAUCUGUGUGAAUGAAAAUGGUGGUUGUGAACAGUACUGCACUGACAAUCCAGGGACCAAGCGCACCUGCCACUGUCACAAGGGUUAUGCACUACUGCCGGAUGGAGUGUCUUGUACACCAACAGUUGAGUACCCAUGUGGGAAAAUACCCGUUCUGGAAAAAAGAAAUGCUAGCAGUCCCGAAGGCCGGAUUGUAGGGGGCAGGAUGUGCCCCAGAGGGGAAUGUCCAUGGCAGGCUGUGCUGAUGACCAAAGGGUUGCUUUUGUGUGGGGCCAUCCUACUGGACACCAACUGGGUAGUGUCUGCAGCCCACUGUUUUGAUGACAUCAGGAACUGGAGGAACAUAUCGGUGGUGUUGGGUGAGCAUGACCUCAGCGAGAAGGAUGGGACUGAGCAGGUGCGGCAGGUGGUGCAACUCAUUUUCCCUGACAAGUACAUCCGAGGCAAGAUUGACCAUGACAUUGUCCUGCUGCGCCUGCACCAGCCUGUGGUCUUCACUGAUUAUGUGGUACCCCUGUGUCUGCCAGAGAGGAUCUUCUCUGAGAACGUACUAUCCAGAGUCCGCUUCUCGAGGGUCAGUGGUUGGGGCCAGCUGCUAGACCGUGGUGCCACAGCACUGGAGCUCAUGGCCAUCCAAGUACCCCGAUUGAUGACCCAGGACUGCCUGGAGAAAUCCCAGCGCAAUCCUGGCACCCCAGUGAUCACAGAAAACAUGUUCUGUGCCGGCUACACGGAUGGCAGCAAGGAUGCCUGCAAGGGGGACAGCGGGGGCCCACAUGCCACACAUUACCAAGGUACAUGGUACCUGACAGGUAUAGUCAGCUGGGGUGAGGGCUGCGCAGCUGUGGGCCACGUUGGGGUGUACACCAGGAUCUCCCGAUACACUGAAUGGCUGAUCAGACUCAUGGGCUCCAAGCUUCGGCAUGGGCUUAUACACGCCCAGCUACACUAGCUCCUUGAAUAGCCCAGCCCUUCCCAGGGAGGAGGCUGUUACUACAUGGAGCUGCCUUGCAUCAAAUCCUAUCAAUUCUCCUGUAGUUCUUAGGGUGUGGGUAGAGAAGGAGGGACAGAGAUACAGAAAGACUGAAGGAAGCAGAGAGGGCGAUAUAGAAGGGAGGCUGAAAGAGAGAAAAGCAGAGGGAGAGAUUCAGAUUUAGAGACUAACAAAGACACUCAGAGGGCCUAAGGAGCCAAGCCAUAGGCAGACAGCCCAAGGGUGGUCAUGCACGAGGCUGAGGCCCAGCCUUCGCUACUGUCAACCUACAAUCCCCUGCUUCCUGCAUGUGCUCAGCCUGCAGAGCUGGAGACAGUAGGUAUGCACAGAUGCACAUAACACACACACAGUACACACAACCUCCAGCUGCUGUUCACUUACAUUCCUUCCUUUUUUGUAUGAACGUUCCAUCCUCAUUUUAAUUAAAUGAGAGGCAUCACCUGUG